UAUAAAAGAAAACGCCCCGUUUCCCCGCAGGAGCUGGCACGACACAACACAACACACACAUAGACACAAAAAUACACAACCACCUAACCUAUCAACUCCACACCCAAGCGUCACACCAUUGCUAAACCCUCCCCCGCAACGCGCUCUCUUGUCGUCCCCAGCAGACAAGCCUCCGAGGGCCCAGAGACUAAAGAGAGACAAGCCCGCCAAUCCCGACCCACUGUUCCGACCAAGACAGCCUCUCACUCGUCCCGUUCCGACCUUGCCGCCAUCGCAUGCAUGCCUAUGCUAGGGAGGCACUCGUCCUCGUCCGCCAUGGAGAACAAUCACUCUGCCACCCGCGCUGCCCGCCGCUUUCUCGAAGACCGCGUCCGCACCGAUUGGGACUGGCCCACCCCGCCGCCAUGCUUCUCCGCUUCCGAUGAAGAAGUCCGCGGCGUCGAAGUUUUUCGCGAGCGCUACUACGCCGACUCGACCCCGUCUUCCGGCCCCUCCGACAAUGAGGAUGACCCCGAAAACCCCUACAAGUUCGACAGUCCGGACAGCAUUGCCGGCCUGGUCGAGCGCAAGGCCGAGCGCAAGAAGCGCAAGAGGGAUGAGCAGCUGCGCAACGAGAUGGACGAGAACGAGGGUUUGCGCAUCUUUGUCGCAAGGCGAGACCGAUGGACUGGCGCAGACGCUGUGAGGAAAUACGGAACUGCAGCGAGACCGAUCCAAGACGAAUCCUCCAAUCCCAGCGAAAAGACGACAGUGAUACCCGAUAGCAGCACAGGCGAAAGCGCAGGCCGUGACAACGACGACACGCACAUGUCAUCUCCCGGUUCCUCCCCGACCUCAACGACAACACCGCCCAUGGACCCCUCCGACUCCCGCGCCCUCACCACCGGUGCCUCGAUACCCCACACAACCCUCAUACCUGUCGCGCCCCCGCUCCUCCCCACAAACUCCAUCCGCGCCUCGAUCACCUCAAGAACCUAUCCAGACAUCUACUCCAAAAUCGUCCUACAAGGCCGCACCCCAGCCGUUCCCAUCAACCUCGCCGACAUGACAAAGGCCCUCGUCAAAGGCUGGCGCGACAGCGGCGAAUGGCCACCCAAACAAGGUGCGCUAGAUCCUCUCCCAGGCAGCAAGAAGCGCGCGCUGGGUGGUCUCGGUCUAGGAUUCAGCUUAGGUGGCGGCGGCGGUGGUAGAGGUGAUGCCGACCGCGCUCACAAUGCUCACAAGGCUGGCGGGGCUGAGGGCGAUGCAUUUCUCGCACAUCAUCCGCAUUUGCAGAAGGGUGUCGGCGGGUUAAGACGGAUGCUGCAUUUGAGCGGCCAUUCGGGUCCUAUGGCUGCUGCUGCUGCUUCUCCAUCAUCUUCUGCUGCCGCUCCCACCACGCCGGCAACUAGUGCGGAGCAGAACGUCAAUGACAGGAGGCCGAUGAAGGAUGGAGGAACUCCAUCGACGACAGCCGGGUAAAGAAUUGGACAUUCUCAUAAAACAUCCUGUGUUAAUAAAAAUCUUGUUCACUACCAAAUUUGUUGACGGCAAAGCCCAAGGAACAAAACAAGCAAACAAAGAGACGAAUGGAUGGUGAAAGGGGGACUGACCUCCCCUGUUGGAGAUGGCAAGUCGUAGUUAAUUAUAUAUACCCCCUUCCGCUCUCGAUCUUCAAAAAUACUAAUACGCAUUACCUUCCCAAUAACUGAACUUGGUAUCAAUAGCGACACGGAAACACAAAUUUGCCUUUCUGGUUUUAUAUGGCUCUGUGCAGAGAAGUUGGAAAGCGGGACUCGGUAUACGAUCGUUAGCCUUUUCUG